AUGGCUCUCAACUCUUCACCGCGCAAGGUGGUGCCUUUGGCGACUGGCGAUGACUACCUGCCUCCCUUCAGGUCAGGGCCUUCAGUUACAAGGCGGGCUUUCUUCUGCGGCGUGGUUGUCGAAGGUGCGACUGCAGGGCGCGAGUCCUCCGAAAACGUGCAGGACAUGCUUUUAUCUCUCGGAAAGCCGGUCGGUUCCGAUCCCUCGACAUCUACAGCUCAUGAGAGUACUGAUCAAUCUUCCUCAUCUCAACCUCAUUCCGGGAAACGGUCCACAACAGACACGAGCGCGCUCGCUGAUGUGAUAGAGGAGCUUGUAAACACGGAGCGCUCCUACGUACGGCGAUUACGGCACCUCAAACAUGACUAUGCCGAUCCGCUACGCGAAUUUUCUCGAUCCAAAGAUACUGCCAUCCUUCACCAAUACGAAGCGAAGACCUUGUUCGGGAACAUUGACGCGUUGUUACCUGUCAAUGAAGCUUUCUUGGAAGACCUGGAGAUCAUGGUGCAGAACAAGGACCGCGAUGUGGGAGACGUUGCGCUCAAACAUUUUCGAGAUUUACGUGGUUUCGAGAAUUAUAAACAGUACUACGACAUACGCGAGAGCGCACAGACCAUCUUCGAGCGUGAAAUGUCGAAGAAGUCGUCUAGCUUCUACAAGUUCGUGGAUCGUAUCAAAUACUCCAACUCGGACACACGAAAUCGUGUCGGCCUGCGAGAACUACUCAUGGACCCAGUGCAGCGUAUUCCGCGGUACACCCUGCUCUUUCGCACUAUGAUCAAGUUCAUGGGCCCUGACGAUCCACGACGCGCCAAGCUCCUCGAAGCAGAUGAGCUCGCGAGUAAAAUAGCCCAAGCCGAAACUGAUGAGCAGACCAAGCGUGGCGCCGCCAUGUAUCGCCUGGCAGCCGCAGUGCACCACUUUCCGCCGGCGCUCAUCUCGAACUCUCGGCGGUUUCUUGAUUGCGUAGACUGCGAAGACGUGAUCGCGUCUACCUCGGGAUCCGGAGACUUCUCUGCAGGAGGACUCGAGAGGGGAACAAGCGGCACCGGCCCAGUGGCUAUGCUGCAUUGUUCGCUCUUCCUGUUCGACGACAAGUUGAUGAUUGUAAAGAGACCGAACGGAGAGAAAGGUGGGCGAGCACUGGCCGGGUUAGACGAAUUAGAGAAGGUUACACGAACUCCGAGUUCGUUAUCAAAGAAAAGUGGUCUCGUGUGCAAGGGCGUAGUCGAGAUCACGGAUGUGGUCGUGACCGACGUCGGUGGUUCAGAUAUUCACCUGUACCUUGAGACCCCUGUCGAGGAUGAGUCCGACCGCUGGUCCGGUCGACCUUUCCGUGCUCUCACAAUCGUGAACCCGCAACCCUCCGCAACGAUUAAACCAGCUCGUGCCGAGGCAAACAAGGAGCGCUUUCUGCAGAACCUCUGGCAUGCACAAGCGAACUACCGCACGCGAGCAGGUCUCUCUGUGGCAUUAGCAGCGGAAGAGCAGGAAGUAGAGUCCCGGGGCGGAAGGACUACGCUUGCGAAGACCUUCUUCAAUAUCUAUCAGCGCACGGCGUUUUUGAAGGAGUCAAGGAAGACGAAGAUCGUUGUGCACAUUGACGAACUGGGAUCUUCUGAUGCCCUUCCUUUUGGCGUCAACGGACCGCCGCUGGUCGUGGUAAGGGUUCAGCCAAUGGCCGGAGAAGUUUCGCGGUACACCGUCACGUCAAAUGAUCCCAACGAGGAGCCGGAGGAGGACAUUGUGCAAUCGGCGAGAGUGCCUUCCCGUAUAGUCCAAACCAUCCACCAAUAUGGUUUGUUCAAGUUCCGCACCGGGAAAAACUCUCUUCCCUCGACACCAACCGCUAGCUCCCGUUCACGUGCAGCGAUGUUUGGUCUCGACGCCAUAUCUCGCAACCUGUUCAACGCACGGCCGGGAUCCAUAAAGAGCGAUCUGUUCGGGAACUCCGUCAACGGGAGCUAUCGACGCUCGAGGUCGAAGUCGGCAGCCAGUCGGUCGUCCUUGUAUACCACGACCACGGCGACCACGACCACGACGCUAGACAGUCAACUCACGAAAACGACGUCUCGGACCAACUCUACGGCCGCAACGAGCAUCAUGUCGAUGGAUGAUGACGAAACUGCUACGAGCGACAAGACGCCGAGGGCGCGGAAACUUCUCAAGCGAAACAAAUCAACGUCUCAUCACCGACACUCUUCUGAGAACGACCUGGAGAGAACACCAUCUCGUCUCAGCGCUGCUUCGACGUCUGCCGAGUCCCGGUCUCCAUCUGCAGAAAGGGAAUUGGACUAUAGUGACGUAGAGGAUGCAGACGGUAAACUGCUUGACGAGGUUACCCACGACACGUCGGAUUGGAAUUUGACUUUGCAGCUUGAGCUGGCUCGGCGCAAUAGUAGAAAUCAACACGACGUUACCCCAAUGCACUUAGAGCAUCCCGUAACGGAUACAAUACUUGAAGGCAUGCAUAUUUUCCGUUUAGUGUAUCCGUCGCUAACAUGUUAUAUAUCUCCAGAGGAACCUCCUCGGCCCAACAGACCAGUAUCCCGUGCCUCCCGACAAUCUCAACAGUCUCCUGUCCGACCUUCCUCUAGAGGUUCUCGCGAGCUUCCUCCUCGUCCUUCGUCCAGCUCGUCCCGCGAUUAUCCGCAGCGACCGGAUUCUCGCGCGUCCAGGGAGUCGGAUGUAUCCCCUCGAAGCUCGCGGUCGAGAGCAUCGUCCUUGCCCACCGGUGGACCGAGACCUCUGGGCCCUCGGUCGCCCUCUCCUCUUCCACCUCAGCGACCUACAAGUCCCCGCGCUCUGCCUGCCGUACCGCUCACUGGGAUUUUCUCACCAGCCGGAAUCUCCCCCACGUCUGAGUCGACGUUGGCCACUAUGCCUAGCCCCCCAGUGACGCCUGCGCGUUCGCCGUUGCCCAGAAGCAAGCGGAUGCCAUUCGGUCCCACCACCAACAAUGCCGAUGCGACGCCUAAAGCAUCUCACAUCGCCGCCCCCUCUAAGAUUCCGACCAGUGUGGAGCCGCUCGCCAUCAACAAGAAGACCUCGGUUCGCUCGUCAAAUUCGGGAACAUCCCCCGGGGCGGUCCGACGGACACCUGGCAGGUACUCGCUCACGAAGACAUCACCGAUGCCCGCGUCUGUCAAGGAUAUAUCACCAUUAUCUGCCAGCACCUCGCGACUAGGCUCCGUUUCGCCGCUUCGGUCGGAUCCAGAAGCUAUCCUGAGGAGAUUGGAAGCGACGAAGGAGGACGCGGAGUCUGCCAGUCGGGCGGUCAAGCGGAUACGCCUUGAAAUUGACCGCAUCCGUUCUGCCGAGGACGAGGCUCAGAGCCGUCCCUCCUCCCCGGAUAAGAGCAGUCGGCCGGCCUCCCCCGACAAGUCGCUCACGCGCCUCGCUCUUCAAAACUCGGCUCCGGUCACAAAGGAGGCCCAAGCGAGGAUGGACGAAAUGCGGAAGCUCAUAGGCAAGCGGAGCGAAGCACUGACCCGAACGCGCUCGCGGAGCCUGAUCAACGCGUCCGUCUUCAAACCGCCCAGUCCUGCUAGAAAGUCCGAGAACGACCCUUGGGGCGCGCUGGACGAGCCCGUCACGGAUAUCGAGCAAGGGCUAAGACGUAUCGCGAGCUCCGCUGACGCCAUAAAGGCCAGCAUCCAAGCGAUGGCAGCUGAACUUUGCGAGAAGUCCGCGGCCGAGGAGAGGAAGGCAGCUGAAGUGCAGAACAGCAGACGUCAGCUCGAGCUUGUCAAGAGCCUUCUGGACGACUGCACCACGGAGAAGGAGAUCAUGUAUGAGGCCUUCAACGACGAGCUCUCCGAGCUCUUCAACGACGCCAGUCUACCGAGAGAUGACGCCUUCAGAGCGAUGACCAAAGAGCUGCAAAAGGCUAUGGAAACGCGGAACGCCCACGCCCAGGAGAAUUCACAUUUGAAACGGAAGGUCGUGGAGUUGGAGAUGCAGCAGGAACAAUGGGGUGCCCUAUUACGUGCGCACGGACUCAUACCCUGAUACCCUGGCGGGACCUCAGGUCACCCACACCCGACUUUCUCGUGCUUGCUAUCAUUUUUUUUGCUUUCGAAAGUUAUCGCUGCUGUCAUCUACGUUCGAUCCGAUGCACAAGAUGCUAUGCGCGUCUAAU